AUGACAAUUUUGAAGUUGGUUGGACUUUUACGCAAUGGGUCGUCUCUUGUCCCGAAAUCAACGUCAUCUUGGUGUAUGUCAAAACAUCAAGUUUUGUCAAGUGCAUUUAACAGUACAUCGACAGCGAAUAAAUCAGCUCCUAAUGAAAUAAAACCUAUAAAAGAAAAAUCAAAAUUUUCACUGGUUGAACUGGCGUUUGAUCAGCUGUUAAACAUUGAGAAUGAUAAUAAAAAGCUUCAGGAUGAGCUGACACGUGCUGCGACAGUUGAAGAUUUGUUAAAAGUGUCAGGAGAGACUCAUGGAAAUCACAUGCUAAUGCAGUUUAUUGUUUCUACACUCGAUCAGUGGGUCGACGAAAAAAAAAUAACUCGAGAAAAGUUCAAGAAUGACUCAAGGUAUAAGCGAUUGUGCUCAGCAUUGAAAAUAGCUAUUAAAAAACAAAAUAAUGCUGCUCAGGAGAAGGACGCACAUUUAAGUUCAGAGCCGAUUGGACGAAGUGCACAUUUCCAUAAUAUGUUUCAUGAGAGUAAUUCUUACAGCUCAGAAAUUUCUAAAUUGUCUGUUAAAGAAGCUGUGGAUGUCUGGACUGGUUUGAUGCUUAAAGGUACACGGGAGAAGCCACUACUGGAUUCUCUUGCUUUACAUUUGUCAACAAAAAUUGAUAAAUUGAAUAUUAAACAGAAUGCAGACAUACUUUAUGGUAUGGCGAAGCUUAACUAUCCAAAUGAAGCUUUAUUAAAAAAAAUUUGUGAUGAGCUAGUUGUGUUGGUUAAAAAAGUCACUAAAAGCCCGGUUAUUGGGUCUAUCAUUACGUCUCUUGGGAUGUUGAAGUAUCGUAAUGACGAAGUAAUGAAUGCACUAGCCGAAUGGGCGGUUAAUAAUAAAGAAAUUAUUAGGACUCAGGAUGUGUGUUCAUUUUUGAUGACACUAGCAACGAUUGGGUACAAGCCCAAUAAUUCCGACGUUUUUUUUAAUGAGUUGGUGUUUACGUUAAAAGAAACUGACAUGAUCAAAUCGACAGAGUGGUUAGAUGUUGUGUGGGCUCUUACAACGCUGAAUCAAGUAUCAUCUGAACAUAUAUCUUCUGUUCUGAAUGACAAAUUCAUCAGCAAGCUCUGUGAGCGUGAUAAUAUAGUUCCAUUGGUAAAAAAACAUAAAUUAUUAAAUAUAAAUGCGGUUGCUAAGUAUUUAAUAAAACACUACAAUGGUCCAAAAUUGCCGGACAAUUCGCCAAUAUUCGAUGCUCCGAUUAUGAAAACUAAAGAUAAAGAAAUAUUUGUAAGGUCGAUUAAAGAUACGUUGGUAACUCUUUUCCCUUCGAGAGAUCACUUUCGAGAAGAUGUCUCAGAUGGAACGGGUUUUUUAAUAGAUCUGGACUUUUUUAUGGAUAAAAAUUUAACGCCUGUUCCCUUCAACCAAAUAGGAAAUAAAAACGAUUUAACAAGGGUAGUUAUUGUGGCUAAUUCGUAUCAAAAUUACUGUAGAGGAGAGACUAUGUUAGUAGGACCAGUACGAUUACAUUACCGGCUACUUCAAGCGCAGAAAUGCCAGAUACUCGAUAUUUCGUAUGUUGAUUUUCACGCGUCCGAGGUAUUAUUAAAACGAAUCACUUAUAUUAAUGAUCGUAUUAAAGCACUUUUAAAAUAG